UUUUCUAGCUAUACGGUAAUUGUCAAAUUUAAAUUUUGCCACUUGGAAAAUUUGGAAGCUAUUUCCAGCUAUGCAAUAAGCUAUAUAAGAUACAAGCAUUUCAUAUCAAGUAUAUUAUUUGAUUAUAAAGCUACUCCAUCAAGUCUAUUGCCUGGCCUACAGCGUCUACUUCUUGGUAUACUGAUGGCUGUUAUCUAUUCACAGUUUAAUAAAUAUUUUCCAUUGAGUGUAAUAUUAUCAGAAGAGUAUCAGGCAAGGAGCUUGCUGUCUAAGCUUUUCAUAAUGAUAAUAACUGGAAAGCUGGCAUUGUGGUGUUACAUGGCAGUCUGGACCUUUGCCGAAGCUACUUGUGUCAUCAUGGGAAUAUCAUACAAUAAGUCAUUAUCCAUUCCAGAGUAUACUAAUUUGACAGCAGUCUAUAAUGUUAACUUUUGGAAUAACGAGACCAGCAUUACUCUUCAAGUUAGUGAUGCAUGUGCUGUAGUCACGUACAGUAGCAUUAGUACAUGUACUUUGGAUUAUAAAAAUAAAGUGGUGAUGUAUAAUAAAUUUGUGCGUACAAAAGCAUCAAAUCAAUUUUAGAUAAAAUAGUAAAUAUACAUGUACUUAGAAAUUUUCAAAUGUUAAAAAUUUUGUUUUUAAAGGAAUGUGCUCAAAAAUUAAAAUUUGUGUGAGCUAAUUUUUGUGUACUUGGCAUAGUCUAUAGUAUGGCAUUAGAGUAAUUGGUUUAUAUUUUGUAGAUUUAACGUGAGCAUGAAAGUAGCAAAUAUUAACAUACGACGUAAAUUACCACAUAAAUGGAACUAUGGUAGCUGGGAUUUUUGCAUGGUG